AUGGCUGACGCCUAUCAAGUGCAAUCGAACGGCGACGCCGCGUCGAAACCGCUGCUGGAGUUGUAUGUCAAGGCGUCGGGAAUUGACGCGCGCCGCAUCGGCGCCGAUUUGUUCUGCCAAGAGUUUUGGAUGGAAUUGUACGCGCUUUACGAGAUCGGCGUUGCUCGAGUUGAAGUCAAAACUGUGAAUGUGAACUCGGAAGCGUUCAAGAAGAAUUUCCUCGGAGCUCAACCACCAAUUAUGAUCGAGGAGGAGAAGGAGCAAACUUACACAGACAAUCGUGAGAUCGAGGGCAGAAUCUUCCAUUUGGCCAAAGAAUUCAAUGUGCCGCUUUUCGAGAAGGACCCGUCGGUGGAGAAGCGAAUUGAGAACCUUUAUCGCAAUUUCAAAUUGUUCCUUCGCGCCAAAGUCGACUAUGACAAAGGGAAAAAGGUGCCAUCGACGGUCGAGGAGCUCCCGUCGCAGAUUAAAGUGCACUAUAAUCGAGUUUGCGAGCAAUUGUCGAAUAUUGACCAGCUUCUUGCUGAGCGUAAUAGCAGAUAUUUGCUAGGAAAUAGUAUGACUGAGUAUGACUGCGAACUGAUGCCACGCCUUCAUCAUAUUCGCAUUAUCGGCCAAUCGCUGCUUGGAUUUGACAUUCCGCACAAUUUCACGUAUUUGUGGAAUUAUGUGCUCACUGCGUAUCGCACAGCCGCUUUUAUCGAGAGUUGUCCGGCUGAUCAGGACAUAAUCCAUCAUUAUAAGGAGCAACUAAAUUUGUUCACAAAUCAACGCGAGACUCUGCAAUCGCCAACGAAGACUCACACAAUUCCGGAGCGAGUUUUGGCCGACAUUCGACAGAAGGGUCUCGCACCAGAUGUGAAUGUGCACUAG